AUGGAGCUCCCAGAGCGGGGCCACCGGGACUACCCGGACCUCAAACCCCCAUCCUGGGGUCGCGACCCGCCCGCGUUUAGAGGCACCGCCCCUGCACCGCCCCUCCUGCAGGCCUCGGCCCGGAGCCGUGCCCCGCACCGCCCGCCUUCGGAGGCCCCGCCCCUGCGCCGUCCCCUCCUCUCGCAGGCCGCGCCCCCGAGCCGUGCCCGGCACCGCCCACUUUCGGAGGCCCCGCCCCUGAACCGCCCCUCCUCCCGCAAGCCCCGCCCCCGAGCCGCCGCACCCCGAGCCGUGCCCCGCACCGCCCACCUCCGGAGGCACCGCCCCUCCUCCCGCAGGCCCCGCCCCCGAGCCGUGCCCCGCACCGCCCACCUCCGGAGGCACCGCCUCUCCUCCCGCAGGCCCCGUCCCCGAGCCGUGCCCCGCACCGCCCACCUCCGGAGGCACCGCCUCUCCUCCCGCAGGCCCCGCCCCCGAGCCGUGCCCCGCACCGCCCACCUCCGGAGGCACCGCCCCUGCACCGCCCUCCUCCCGCAGGCCCCGCACCCCGAGCCGUGCCCCGCACCGCCCACCUCCGGAGGCACCGCCCCUCCUCCCGCAGGCCCCGUCCCCGAGCCGUGCCCCGCACCGCCCACCUCCGGAGGCACCGCCUCUCCUCCCGCAGGCCCCGCCCCCGAGCCGUGCCCCGCACCGCCCACCUCCGGAGGCCCCGCCCCUGCACCGCCCCUCCUCCCGCAGGCCGCACCCCCGAGCCGUGCCCCGCGCCGCCCGCCUUCGGAGGCCCCGCCCCGCGCGCCCUGA